GGGCGGUGAGGCCAAAGAGCGCGCAGGCGCACUAGCCGGCUCCGCGUAGAGCGGAAUUCUUGGGCGGGAGGAGCACUGGGGGCUCCCGGCUGUAGGGGCGCGCACGUAGGCACGCAGAAGUCGUCACGUGGGACGCCGUGGAUCGCAGUGCGCGUGGCCGCGGUGGUUGGUGUGGGGUUGAGUCAGUUGAGACCCGGAGCUGCUGACCUAGCAGGCGUCUCACCAGCCCCGCGCCUUAACUGCAGGCAUUUGUGUGCUGGAGCCUUGAAGUGUCCCGGUCACAGAGUUUGUGGGGGCCGUCGCUGCUGUCUUCCUUCGUCCCCAGCCAGCAAACCGCCGCAGCGGGCGCGCCCCCGCUCUGCGCUGUCUCUCCGAUGGCGUCCACUUCUGGGGCCAUGGCGAAGCACGAGCAGAUCCUGGUCCUCGACCCUCCCACAGACCUCAAAUUCAAAGGCCCCUUCACAGAUGUAGUCACUACAAAUCUUAAGUUGCGAAAUCCAUCGGAUAGAAAAGUAUGUUUCAAAGUGAAGACUACAGCACCUCGUCGGUACUGUGUGAGACCCAACAGUGGAAUUAUUGACCCAGGGUCAACUGUGACUGUUUCAGUAAUGCUACAGCCUUUUGACUAUGAUCCCAAUGAAAAGAGUAAACACAAGUUUAUGGUACAGACAAUUUUUGCCCCACCAAACAUUUCAGAUAUGGAAGCUGUGUGGAAAGAGGCAAAACCCGAUGAAUUAAUGGAUUCUAAAUUGAGAUGUGUUUUUGAAAUGCCCAAUGAAAAUGAUAAAUUGGGUAUAACUCCACCAGGGACUGCUCCAGCUGUCACUUCAGUAAGCAACAUGAACAACACAGUUGCAACUCCUGCCAGUUAUAACAUGAAGAAUGACCCCAGGGGACUCAAUGUGUACAAACAGGAGAAGCAGAAGAAUGAUAUGGAACCUAGCAAAGCUGUUCCGCUGAAUGCAUCUAAACAAGAUGGACCCAUGCCAAAACCACAUAGUGUUUCACUUAAUGACACUGAAACAAGGAAACUCAUGGAAGAGUGUAAAAGACUUCAGGGAGAAAUAAUGAAGCUGUCAGAAGAAAAUCGACACCUGAGAGAUGAAGGCUUAAGGCUCAGAAAGGUAGCACACUCGGAUAAACCUGGAUCAACCUCAACUGCGUCCUUCAGAGAUAAUGUCACCAGUCCUCUUCCUUCACUUCUUGUUGUAAUUGCAGCCAUUUUCAUUGGAUUCUUUCUAGGGAAAUUCAUCUUGUAGAGUGAAGCAUGCAGAGUGCUAUUUCUUUUAUUUUCUCUUGACCAGAAAAAGAUGUGUUUACCUACCAUUUCAUUGGUAGUAUGGCCCACGGUGACCAUUUUUGUGUGUGUGUACAGCGUCAUAUAGGCUUUGCCUUUAAUGAUCUCUUACGGUUAGAAAACAGAAUAAAAACAAACUGUUUGGCUACUGGACAAAUUGUAUAUUACCAGAUCAUCACUAGCAGAUGUCAGUUGCACAUUCAGUCCUUUAUGAAAUUCAUAAAUAAAGAGUUGUUCUUUCUUUGUUGUUUUAAUAAGAGUUCAAGAAUUGUUCAGAGUCUUGUAAAUGUUAUUUUAAUAAUCCCUUUAAAUUUUAUCUGUUGCUGUUACCUCUUGAAAUGAUUUAUUUAGAUUGCUAAUCCCACUCAUUCAGGAAAUGCCAAGGGGUAUUCUGUGGGGAAAUGGUGCCUCUUACAGUGUAAAUUUUCUCCUUUACCUUUGCUAAUAUGGCAGAACUUUUCUUAUCCCUUGUGAGGCAGUUGUUGACUGAGUUUUUCAUCCUUACAGUUCUGUCCCAUGGUAUUUAACAUUAAAACAAAUAAAACUAUUAACAGAUUCUUGCUCAACAGCUUGUGUCUGUCGUGUCAUUAGACGGGGAUAACAGAAAGUCCACUCCAUGAUAAUUUGAAACUUAUAAUGCAUAAUUUUAUUUCACAUUGAAAAACCCUUUCAGAUUUACAGUAUUUGUAAGUAAAAGUUCUCAUUCUAUUAAUGAAAGGAACUGAUCAGUUUCACUGUACUUUUCGUAUUUUGAAAGAUAAUCAGUUUGUCUUCAAGAUAAUAUAAAAUAAGCAAAUUCGAUGAGAAUAAAAGUGCUGUAAUUUUUGUCAGUUUAUGUGUAUGCCUUGUGGCUGUAUUGCGUUUACCCCAUUCUAAACAGGUCCUUUUAGUAUUGUCCCAAGAAAGAUUUAUUCUUCUUGGUUGUUCUAGUCAAGUGCUUUUUAAUGAGCUUAUUAAUAAUUCCUUUUAUAAUAUUUCAUAAUAAUAGUUAAAAGUAGGUGUUUUUCCUGCCCAAUUUGACACUCAAAGUAAAUUCCCAUUCUGGAAAUUUCUUAUCACUGAGCAAGCCUUGGGAAUCUUUGUGAGAAAUGACUUUAUUCCUUGCAGUUCUGUUAACCACGUGAAACAUUUUCAGUGUAAAUGUGCAUUAUAGGGUUUGAAUUUAUUUCAUGUGUAUCAGCAUAGAAAAUUUUGGAACCGUAGAAAAUAUGUUCUUUUUUUUUUUUUUUUUUAACUGAGUACAAGUGAAUUUUGAUCCUGAAAAUAGGUGUUGGUUUUGUAAAAGAUACAUUUCUAUCUGAAAGGGAGAUUGGACUUUGGGACUUGAUGUGGGUCAGUGAAGUAUGUUAGGCCCAUGUCUCUGUAUACAUUUUAUAAAUGAGUGAAAUGCUCUAAGUAUUUUGUUUGCCCUUUCAUUUUAAGUAUAUUUUGAUUUGUCUAAUCACAUUUAUUGUGUCAUUGGCUCUAUAUAGUAUUUUCUACAAAACUUCUUGCUAUUGUGCAAAAGUUACUAAAAACAAGCACAAGUAACACCCAUCCAUUACUGGCAUGCUACUGCAGGUAAUGUUUCCAUUGCUGCUGUAUGAAUUACAGUCAUUGUAAAAUUUCCUUCCCUUUCUGAUAACUGGAAAAGCAUGCUAGAAAGAGUCUUGCAUUUUUACCCCAUAAAUGCAGAAUCAGUAAUUCCUUGGCUUAAAGCUCUGUAUAAUCUACAUUAUUGGUGAUAAGUAUCAAGCUUGAUAUUUCAUGGCUGUCAUUUUUUUAAACAUUUAAGUUCUCAAAAAUUUACCAAAAUCCCAUUUCAUGGGAAUGUUCCUUAGAUAUCAUUUUGUUCAACCCCUUUGUUUAUAGUUAAGGAAACUAAGGCCUUUAUGAGAGAGAGUUAAAGAGAACUUUCCUUGCAUCUCAUAGAUAGGUGAGGCAGGGCUAGACCUAGUAAUCUGCUCUCCUGACUUUGGUUUGGUGUGUUUUCUGGUCACUUUGUAGGAAAAAAAAAUGUAUUAAUUUAGUUGAUGACUUGAAAUAAUGAACCUAAGAUGCCAUUUAAUAAAAGUAUGUGGUUUUCUAUCAUAGACUUGUAUUAUACACCACUACUGUUGAAUAGUCUCAUGUGUAUGUUUUCUUUUAGUGUUUAGGCUAGAAAUGCUCCCAUCCCCUAACAUUGGUAAUAAACACUAUGAAAUACAGUGUAUUUUUAGAUAGGCAUUUUGCAAAAUGCAUUAUGCAAUGGCUGGAUUUUAGAUAGAGUAUAGUCUGGGCAGCACCUGCAAAGAAAAGGGUGUGUGGGCUUAACUGCUUUACAUAUCAGGAAAUGCUCUAAUUGUAUAGGAGACUUUUAAUUUGUUCUUUUUAAUGAAUGUAUGAAGUGUGAUCAGAUUAUUUUAUUACCAAUGGUUACUUUAAGAGUUCAGCUGUAUUGACUGAUAACAUAGAUUAAAUUGUCUUCAUUUCUUACAUGUUUAGAAAAUUUUGUCUGCCUGCUUACUUUUGUAUGUAAGCAUGAGGGAAAUACACUGUUGCUAAUACUGAAAUCACAAUCCAGUAACUAAGGCCUUAAGUUCAUAUGUGAUGUUAAAUGCACUACCUUCCUUCAUUCUUUCUAUAAUUAAUGUACCUUAACUCUGCCCAUUCUUUUAUUUACAAGAAACAAAUUUAAGAAUUGUACUCUUGAGUGUGUUACCUUUUAAAAAAUGGCACUUGGAAAAAUGUACUUAAUUCAGAAGUUCUGGUCAAAGAAAAAAUAAUAUUUCUCCUUCAAGUAUCUUGCUCAGAACUUUUGCUAAAAUUGAUAUUAUCUGCUGUGGGAAUUACUUUUGAAUUGUAAUCAUUCAAAACAUGCCACUUCAAAAAGAAGUUUUAUCAAUAUGGUAAAAAAGAAGAGUUCUUAUACAGUAUGACCCCAAAUUGUGAUCUUUUGCCACUUUAAAAGCAAUCAAGUAAUAGUUUUCCUAGAGCUUUGCACAUUCCUAUUCAGUGAUUUGGUGUGUGCAUAGAUUUUUAAAAAAUGACCUUUCUGGGCGUUAGGGAAAGAUCAGUGUUUACCGUAUGGAAAAACAAUAAAAAUAAGGUAAAUGAUCUUUAUUUUCUAGCUUUCAGAGGAAAUUAAACUGUUACGUGAAUAAAUAAACUGAUUAAAAAUCUG